CGACGUCUCCGGUGAGCAGAUUCCAACGGCUUCGAUCGCGAGAUUCUUCGUGCCGCUGCUGAUCAAUCUUGCAGAGAUUUUCUCCUCGGUUCCUGCGCAGAUAGAAGAAGAAGAGGAAGAUGAUGAUGACAGAAAUGGUGGAUCACAAACGACGAAGCCAUGAUGGCUUUGUUGUUCCCAGCAAGGUGAGCGGCCCGCCAAGAAGUCAAAGGGACAGCAGUGGGGAGAAGAGGCUCAAGGCUGGUGGUGGAGCCGGAGUAGGAGCCAACAUCUCCACCAAGGAAAAGAAGGACAAGAUUGGAGAGCGAGUGGCGAAGCUACAACAGCUAGUGUCACCGUUUGGAAAGUCAGAUACAGCAUCUGUUCUCUCAGAGGCCACUGCUUAUAUUAAAUUCCUACAUGAUCAAGUCCAGGUGCUGAGUGCUCCAUAUCUUCAGACAACAGUGAUUGAGACAGUGGAGGAGAGAGAAUGUUACAGCCUCAGAAGCCGUGGCCUGUGUCUUGUGCCAGUAGCCUCCACACUCAAGAUUGCCCAAAGCAAUGGUGCUGAUCUGUGGGCACCAGCAAACUCAAACAGAAGACCAUAAAAUUAGAAGUUUAUGAUCAAUAUACUGGAAAUACAGUGAAAGAGAAAGUGGAUUACUUUCUGGAGCUGCUGCUGUCUGUAUCUGGUGAUUGAAGUAACAUCAGCUCCAGGGUCCAGAGCCACUGUUAACUUGUUUGCUUAGUUAAGAUGGUAACACAAUUCAUUCCCUCUUCUGACCUAGAAUUCAUUAUAGUGUAAUCCAUCAUGGCAUCAUCUUCAUUCUGUAAGAUAUAUUACACUCGUGACCUCAUGUUGCAUA